GAUAACAUAAUUCAAAAUGAAAGAUUCAAUUUAGAACCCUAAUUUUUCAGAGAAACGCAGAGAAAGAAGAAGAACGAUGUCUGGUGCUACUCCCAAUCCCACUCCCAACGCUGAAGAAGACAAGAAACCCAACGACGCUGCGCACAUCAAUUUGAAAGUCAAAGGACAGGAUGGAAAUGAAGUAUUCUUUAGGAUAAAGAGAAACACUCAACUGAAGAAGCUGAUGAAUGCAUAUUGUGAUCGACAAUCUGUGGACUUGAAUUCAAUUGCCUUUUUAUUUGAUGGUCGCAGACUCCGUGCAGAACAGACACCUGAUGAGCUAGACAUGGAGGAUGGAGAUGAGAUCGAUGCAAUGUUGCACCAAACUGGCGGAGCCUGUUAAAUUAGGCUGUUGUUCUGGUUCCUGUGAAAACUUCAACACAUAAUUAGGUAGUAGUUAUUUGGGUGUAUGUAUUCUAUGGAUUUGCAAUAUGAGAAUUGUAAUAGACAUCUUUAUUGUUGACGUUGUUUGAAAAAUCUGACAGUUUUGUCAGUGACAUCAUCCACUAUGAAAUCUGGAGUAUUCUAUCAACAGUUUAACCAUAUUAAACCUUGUACCAGUACUAUAUAAUGUUGUCUUGGGAUAUCUUUCUCUUUUCUGCUAACAUGGGAGUUGUUCAGAAAA